UUAGCCGAUGUUGUUUUUACUUCCAGUAACAGCGUGAGGAUUUACAUUAGCUUCUGGUUAGCAUCCUGUCAUUGGGAUCCGUGUAGGGCCUUUGUUUUCACCGGGUACUGCGGAGUCCAAACAUCAUCUUCCUGAUUUAACUUGACCCAUCCCUGAUUUGAUUGUGUUACAAGCCAGGAGUAACAUAGCAAAGUGAAGCUUACAGAUGGAAGAUGGGACAAUGAAGGACUCUACAAAUACAUAGAGGAAAAAACUCCAUAUUUUACGUCUUUCAAGAAUUCAAAAGAGCUUUAAGGACGUCAGUGAGUGGUACAUCCGAGCCAGUGAUGUCACGGGUUCCCACCCCUCCUCCUCCUGGGGAGAUGUCAAGUGGACCUGUGGCAGAGAGCUGGUGUUACACACAGGUCAAAGUAGUGAAGUUUUCCUACAUGUGGACCAUAAACAACUUUAGUUUUUGCAGAGAAGAAAUGGGAGAGGUGUUGAAGAGUUCAACCUUCUCUUCUGGUCCUAAUGACAAAAUGAAAUGGUGUCUGAGAGUUAAUCCAAAGGGACUUGAUGAUGAAAGCAAAGAUUAUCUAUCACUGUAUUUACUUCUUGUUAGUUGUCCAAAAAGUGAAGUCAGAGCAAAGUUUAAGUUUUCUUUGUUGAAUGCUAAAAGAGAGGAAACAAAAGCAAUGGAGAGCCAAAGAGCGUAUAGGUUUGUCCAAGGCAAAGACUGGGGCUUCAAAAAAUUUAUAAGGAGAGAUUUCCUCCUUGAUGAAGCUAAUGGUCUCUUACCUGAUGACAAGCUCACACUUUUCUGUGAGGUAAGUGUCGUCCAGGACUCUGUCAACAUUUCGGGUCAGUCUAACAUGAACAUGCUGAAAGUACCAGAAUGUCAGCUGUCUGAUGACCUUGGGAACCUGUGGGAGUGUUCACGCUUCACAGACUGCAGCCUCUAUGUGGGAGGCCAAGAGUUCAAAGCCCACAAAUCCAUCCUUGCAGCGAGGUCUCCAGUCUUUAAUGCAAUGUUCGAACACGAAAUGGAAGAAAGUAAAAAGAAUCGAGUCGACAUCAGUGAUGUGGAUCCAGAUGUCUUUAGGGAAAUGAUGGGCUUCAUUUAUACAGGGAAGGCGCCAAACUUGGAAAAAAUGGCAGACAAUUUGCUGGCAGCUGCUGAUAAAUAUGCUCUGGAGCGUUUAAAGGUCAUGUGUGAGGAGGCCUUGUGCAACAGCCUUUCAGUGGAGAAUGUGGCCGACACCCUCAUCUUGGCUGACUUGCACAGUGCCGAGCAACUCAAAGCACAAGCCAUAGAUUUUAUCAACAGGUGCAGUGUCCUGAGACAGCUGGGCUGUAAAGAUGGAAAGAACUGGAAUAGCAAUCACGCCACAGACAUAAUGGAAACCGCAGGCUGGAAGUCAAUGAUCCAGUCCCAUCCUCACUUGGUAGCUGAAGCCUUCCGUGCCCUGGCUUCCGCACAGUGCCCACCCUUUGGUCUUCCGAGGAAGCGCCUAAAACAGUCCUGACUGCCCGACUUUGCUCCUGGACUAUAAAGAAGGAUGUGAAGCAUGGGGUUUUUACAAAGACAAGGACUAGUGAGUGUGCCACUCUUUUAUUUCCACCAAAACUGAACACACUUGAAUAAAGAGAAGUGGAGCUUUCUGACCAGAGACGUGGGGGGGAGGCUGGCACAUGGAAGUUUGACAUCUGUGGAUUGGAAAACAAUUGAUUCAAUCGAUGUUGCUUGCUUUGCUGCCCCGGCUGAACUCUGUUUAGUGCGGACAGCAAGCCAAGUUCUCUUCUACAUUUUUUUUCCUGUAAUUUUCAAAAUGGCCUUAAUAUAUCUGCCAUUGCUCUGGAGCUGCUCAAGAGCACUUCGUCUAUUUUACUCCGUGCCUGCCUUGUCACAGAGACCAGGCCUCCUCCAGGUUGCACUAGUUCCCAUGUAUAGUCAUUUUGAUAUGGAGUUCUAUAGGAACGUAACAAAGGUUUAACUAAAUGGGAAAUAUUAUAUAUUUGUAAUGUUUAGCCCGUUUUGUGACUAGACAUUAAAAAGCAUGAACACUCAGUGCAAGGUCAGUUCUUUACACUUUUUGAAAAUAUGCGUAUGCCCCAUAUUGAUGGCACCAUUUCUAUGUAAAUGACAAUUGAACCAUCUUUAGAAGACCAAUGUACAAGAAAGUGUGUUCUAUUGUGUAUUUGUCAGGGGGAGGGGGGUAGUAAUCUGCUAUUUGAAGGCAAGUGUCAAUCCAUGUAAGAUGGAAAAGUGUCUGUUUGGCCCAAAUAUACGAAAACAUUGGAAGUUUAUGGAAAUAUGUUCUCCGUCUCCCAUUCAAAUUACAUAUUCCAGAUCAUACAUCUGUGAACUCUUACUAAAUGAAAAAAAAAAAAAAUGAAAAUUUGUUCCUUUUUAGUAUUGCCAACUUUCAAAUAUAUAUGCUCAGUAUAUUGUGGUGAACUAAAAGUGGAGAGACUAAUGCAUGGUUGUUUUAUUGUCAAAAGAAAGUGUCAAAAGUUCCAGUUUUGCUUUUAACAGCUUAUUUUCUGCAAUUAUUCGACAUCUGUGCAGAAGUACAUGAAUUGAGUAAAAGGUUCCUCUAACAUGCUUGGAUAUCUGUAGGAUGCUGAGCAUCACUUCUACUGGCGAUGUUAUUCUGUGUUUCAAUAGGGGGGGUAUUGUCAUGGUUAUUCAGUCCGUCUUGUAUGUAGUGUGGUGUGACAGACACUUCGGAGGAUUUUGUAAAGUGAGAGUAGCAUCAUUCUUCGAUGAUAUUACUCGUCAAUCAGCGUCACGUUGAAAACUUUGGAAAAAAUUAUGAAGUUGUUGUCUGCAAGAAUGCCUGCAUUAACCCAUUAAAACAUUUUCCAGCAGUC